UUCACCCCCACCGGGCUACAGCGAGGAGCGGAGGACACCAGCAAGUUGAGACGCUACUGUGGUUUGUAUCAGUCCAACUCUGAAGUGACUAAGAUGUAUCGCUGGUCGGGUGUCGCGGUGGUGAUGGUGGUGGUGGUGGUUGCGGUGGCGGUGCUCCCAGGAAAAGUGUCAGGAGAGCAGAACCCAGAGGAGCAGCAGUUCCCAAGGGCCUCAGCUUGGCGUCAGCGGCCUUCCUCCUCUUCCUCCUCCUCCUCCUCCUCCUCCUCCUCCUCCUCAGCAAACAACCCAUCCUAUGAUCUAAGUCAGGCGUACAAUGCUAUGGCAGCUAAUCGUAUGGGCAGCAGCAGUUUCGCCAGCAGCAAGAGUAACUUCGGUAGUGGAAGUGGUGGUGGCGGUGGUGGCUACGAGCAAACAAACAUGGGAGGAAGCCCUAGUAAUUACUACGAAUCCUACACCGCCCAGUCGGACUACGGAAGCUACCCGAGCGAGAGUGGCUAUGGGUUGUCUUGCGCCUCUGGUUACGUGAACGCGUCCGCCGUGGCUCUCCUCGCCUUCCUCUUCCUCCUCAACAUUGUGCAGGACGUGGUGCAGCAGAUCACGAGCGAGAGGAAGCGACGCAGCGUGGAGGAGGACGAGCAGGAGGACGUGUUUGCCUUCGUCAGUAACGGAGGUCUGGCGGCCAUGAAGGAGGGGUUGCCUCAGGUCGUCCUCCCUCUCAUGAUCGAUCUCCUGGACGCCACGGAAGGUCCCCACGAUUGUCUCCAGAGGCCGCUGUGUGAGGCCAACGCUGAGUUAUCCACUCGCUUCGGCGUGGCGGGCCGUGUGGUGGGCUCCCUUCUCUCCAACGUGGUGAGCAAGGCUUUCUCCGGCGACCACAACCCAAAGUUCCAUCUUGGCUUGCAGGCCGCCUCGGCGGGCCGCAGCGGCCACGACUGCUCCACAAAGUUCAAGAAGUGCUCCCCGGGACACAAAUACUCCCAGGAGGCCAAUACCAAUGCCAGCCGUCAGCAGGAGUCCGGCAGCAGGCCACUUGAUAACAUCUUGUCGAAGCGCCUAGAGCAGGGACGCGCGGCAUGACAUUCAGGGGCAUUUUAGUGUGGUGUUGGGGCAUUAUUGCGUUACGUCAUGUUCCUCCAGAUAUGGAAGAUUAUAAAAUUAUGUCCAAGUGACACCUCGGUAGAGGAGUUUCAGUAAGAUAAUGACAAGUAAAUCAACCAGAAAAUUAUCAAACUAAGUGAUAUGGAGGAGAACAUAAACAUGAAAUCCGGUGAUUCUACAGCUUUGAAUUAACACACACACACACACACACACACACACACACACACACAAAGGAAUUCACAAAUUAAAGGGUGAGAACUAACCCCCCACUAUUUUUUUUAUUAUUCAAGAUAGUUCAAACUAACAUUUCAGCACAAAUAUUCACAAGCUGUACACUUGCAUUCAUUAUUUGUUUAUCUAUUCAUUGGUCUAUUGAUUUUUUUAUGUGUAUUUAUUCAUCUAUUUAAUUAAUGUACAACAUCAACAUAGGCAUCAUUCAUCUAUUUCAGUAUUAUGAAAUUACUUGCUCGUAAACCAUUAUCCUCUCUCUCUCUCUCUCUCUCUCUCUCUCUCUCUCUCUCUCUCUCUCUCUCUCUCUCUCUCUCUCUCUCUCAUUUUCCACCUAAAUAAACACCCAACUAAAAUCUUUCUGACAGUCUACGUCAGAAAACUUAGUGACUUCGACAGCGAUGAACAGAAUACUUUAUUUUCCGGGAAAUUAUUAUCAUCAUCCUGUCACUGGAAUAAAAUCAAGAUGUGGAAUACAACGGCGAACAAGCUGUUAACAUGUACUGAGCGUUUUUCUUCUUUCUCUUUCAUCUCUCUCUCUCUCUCUCUCUCUCUCUCUCUCUCUCUCUCUCUCUCUCUCUCUCUCUC